UUUUCAAAGCCAGCAAGAUUUUUCUACAAAAACGUAGUGGUCACUCUUAAACAACGCGCAAUGUUUUGCUAUAAAUUUACCUGCGGGGAUUUCCAAACCCUAACAACAAUGACUGAAACCGGAAUAACUUUCGAUCCACCGGUGUACGAGCAGCGUUACUGCGGCACCAUCCAGAUCCUGGAGGAUCCCCGCUGGGCGGAUAAGAUCAAGAAGGUGGUGGAGUUUGGGUGUGCUGAGAUGCGCUUUUUCCAGCUUAUGCGUCGCAUUGAGACGAUAGAGAAUAUUCGACUGGUUGAUAUUGACGAGCCCUUGCUAAGAAAAAACUCAACUUGCAUCGAUCCUUUGGUUUCUGAUUACUUAAGGCACCGCUCAAGUCCAUUGAACGUUCAGAUUCUACAGGGAAGCGUUGCAGAUUCUUCUGAAGAAUUGCGAGACACAGAUGCCGUAGUUGCACUCGAACUGAUAGAACACGUGUAUGACGAUGUUUUGUCCAAAAUUCCAGACAACGUUUUUGGUUUUAUGCAGCCGAAGCUGGUGGUUUUUAGCACACCAAACUCAGACUAUAAUGUAAUUUUUACCCGUUUUAAUCCCUUACUGCCAAAUGGAUUUCGCCACGACGAUCACAAAUUUGAGUGGACUCGGGAAGAAUUCAAAGCCUGGUGUUUGGGCAUUGUCGAAAAAUACCCUAACUACAUGUUUUCCUUAACGGGAAUGGGAAAUCCGCCCAAGGACUUUGAAUCCGUGGGCCACGUAUCACAAAUAGCCAUAUUCGUUCGCAAGGAUUGCCUGGAAAUGCAGCUAGAGAAUCCUUUGGUUACCACACCUAAAAUCGGUGAAGAGUCCACUCCCUACAAACUAAUUCGAUCAGUCGACUAUCCAUUUUAUGUGGAUACGCGAACCGAGAAGGAAAAGAUUUGGAUCGAAGUCCAGAUAGAGAUGCAGCGAUUCAAAAGAAUGGCUAUUUACUCUGAAAAUGAGCAGGAUUCUUUUGACGACACAUACAAAAUGCCUAUUACAAGUCUAUUAAAUCGCCUUCAGAACGUGGGAGCUACUAGAGAAGUCCUGGAUGAAUUGCUAAAGGAGAACAAUUUAAAAGUGGAGGAUAAUUGUGUGAUAAUAGAAGAUUCCGAUGAGGAGUCAGAAUGGUCUGAGCCCUAUGAGUCUGAUCAUCUUUCCCAGGAGGUUCCACCGUCAGACAAAAAUCAAGAGGAGGAGGAGGAGUGCUGGGACACAAAAUCGGAUUCAUAGCUUUAUAAGUAUUAAUAAUUUAAUAUACUCUAUAAUUUGGUAUUCAACCAUUAUCUGACGAUAAAAGUUUUUUAACUUAUAAAAAUUAGUUUAUAAAUGGAAUGUUGAACAGCCAAAUUUAAUGAUUUUUCCAAAUUUAUCUGACUGCGCACAAUAGAGAAAACUAAAGAUUUAAGUUUUGUAAUCCUCUAACUACAUAAUUUUCUUGGGUCAUUAGUUCCAUUUUGGAUUGUUGAAUAAACCGUUCCCCAUGUUUUGUUGAC